AUGGCUGCAUCACGAUCAAAAGCCAGGCCCCUGAUGGACACGAUAUCCGAAGCCCACCACAUGUCCUACCGCAUCGGCCGCGGCGAACAAGGCGUCCUCACCUUUGAACCCUACAAAUCCGACAUCCUUCCCCUCUGGCGCUUCCGCACAGUCCCCAUCGCGCGAAAAAGCGCUGAGGACCUAUGGACCAAGUUUAACGAGUUCAAAGACCAGCGCGAUUUUGUGGGGAUGGACAUGACGCGUAAAUUCAUCCAGAUGGGAAUGACGCGUGCAAAACGAUAUGCGAAUCAUGCCGGGGGCCGAAAGUACAAGAAAGGUACAAAGGAGGAAUUACCAAAGAGUGAUGAGCAUCCCGAUAAGGAAGAGAAGCUGAGGGCGAGCUUGAUCUUUAGGGGGUACUGGGAGAAGUGCAAGGAGGAUGAGGAGUAUCAGAAUCUCAAGGAAGAGUUUUUGACGAAGCAGAAGGAUUGGAAGGAUUCCUGA